CAUUGCUCCUCUCUCGAUAACCCUUACUCUCGGCAACUCCUUCAACUAUCGCCGCCUCGACCAGCCACCUUCUUCCACCGCACGCUCAGUCGCCGGUCGCCGCUGGUAAGCCGCCGUUCUUUCUCUCUCUUCAGCCUCAUACCCACGAACGAAGCCGUCGACCGCCGCGGCGCUUUUCGUCACGGUUGGCGUCGACGCCGCCGCCACUUGGUCGUCGGGUUCGCCGGCCUGCACCGAUCAGUAGAAUAUCUGUUGCUGUUUGGUGGCUAUUUUCAAUAAAUUUUCCUAUCCUUGCUGUUUCGAGAUUAGAAUCGGCCGUUGGAGGAGAUCGUGGCUGCUGUCCCGCGAGUUUAGGGACAUUUGUUGAUCCGUUUGAGGCGUGGUGAUGGAUACUGAUGGGGUUUUUGAUGACACUUCUCGCCGAAUUCAAGUCCGGUUUAUCACCAAACUUAAGGCUCCUUUCAAAGUUCCGGCAAAUGCCAUUGCCAUUCCCUCUAGCCUAACCAGACUGGGUCUUUCCACUAUUGUUAACAAUCUUCUUUCAGCUGGGAAUCCUGAGUGGAAAGAAGAACCAUUUGAUUUUCUAAUUGAUGGCGAGCUUGUCAGAAUGUCGCUAGAGAAAUUCCUUCUUGCCAAGGGCAUCUCAGCAGAAAAAACAUUGGAAAUUGAGUACUUAAAGGCUGUUGCCCCACGAAGGGAGGAAGAGCCUUCUGUUCAUGAUGAUUGGGUCAGUGCAGUUGAUGGGUCUUGUCCUGGGUUCAUUUUGACAGGUUGUUAUGAUGGCUUAGGAAGGGUGUGGGAGCCUGCAGGAUUGUGUACACAUAUUCUUGAAGGUCAUAGUGAUGCCAUAUCUUCUGUCUGUACUGUGAACCCUGAAGAAGCAACUAAUGUCACUCUUGCCACUGCUUCAAAGGAUCGAACACUCAGGCUGUGGAAGUAUUCAAAAGACGAUCGAGUUAGCAUCCCUACCAAAAUAAGGCCAUUCAAAAUCUUGAAGGGACAUAGAUUAUCUGUACAAAGUGUUGCAUCACAGAAAUCUGGAGACCUGAUCUGUUCAGGUUCUUGGGAUUGCACAAUCAAAUUAUGGCGGACAGAUGAGCAUCAUUCUGAAGGCGAUGUCUCCAUUAAGAAGAGAAAAAAGAAUGACCAGGCUGAAGAAUCUCAGUUAGAGGAGGACUCUGUUGCUACACUUGCUGGCCAUUCACAAUGUGUAUCGUCAGUUGCAUGGCCAAAGCAUGAAGAAAUUUAUUCAGUAUCAUGGGACCAUUCUGUAAGAAAAUGGGAUGUCGAGACAGGCAAUGUUUUGUUUAAUCAUUUAUGUGGUAAGGCACUCAACUGCCUCGACAUUGGAGGUGAAGGUUCCGCUCUCAUUGCUGCUGGUGGCUCAGACCCGACCGUUAGGAUAUGGGAUCCUCGUAAGCCAGGAACUUCUAGUCCCAUCUUUCAAUUCUCAUCCCAUACUUCCUGGGUUUCGGCUUGCAAGUGGCACAAUAAAUCUUGGUUCCAUUUGCUCUCUGCAUCGUAUGAUGGGAAAGUUAUGCUGUGGGAUCUUCGAACUGCGUGGCCUUUAGCGGUAAUUGACUCUCACAAAGAGAAGGUGCUAUCUGCUGAUUGGUGGAAAGAUGACAGUGUUAUCAGUGGCGGGGCAGACUCUAAACUGCGCAUUUCGUUGGGAAUUUAUGUUUCGUAAGUUUUUCUCAGGACUCUCUUCUUUCCAGUGUUGGGUAGAGCUGUAUCAGAGGGAAAUAGAAAAGGUAAAUUGCUUAUUUUUAAAUAGGCUGAGUGAGUGGAAAUUGAGACUGGUUAGGCUUUAAUAUUUAUAUUUCAUUCCUUUGUUUUUUUUAGUUUACCCAAUAACUACUGGAAUCAUGAUACAAAUUUCUCUAUUGCAUUUUGUAUGAGAAGGUAAGGUAUCUAACAAUCUUGGUUAAAUACACGAUUGAUAUUUUAAUCAUUUAGUCUUUUGGUCUUCA